AUGUCUAAAAAUUAUAUGAGUAAUAGAAGAAGAAACUAUGUAUGGAUAAGACAAAUUUUUAUACAUUAUUCGUACCAAAAUUCCUUCAUUUUGGAACUAUUGUAGAUGAAAUUACAGCCUUGUCAAUUUCAAUAAAAAAAAACAAAAAAUAUAAAUUAAGUUGAUUAAAAAAAGUGAUAGAAUUUAUAGAAUAAUUAAUAUAUGUUUUAGGCUACAAUGCUUUAAAGAUUAAAAGCUUUAUUUAUUUUAAAAUCUAUUUGUACACUUUAUCUUUGAAGAGAUUUUCCAUGUAAUUUUAAAUUUUCCAAUUUAAAAGACGAUUGAUAGAACUAUUAUUGGCAUGAAAUUAAUCAAGUGUUAAUAUAACCUUAGAAAUUCUUAUCAAAGCUUAUUAAGAUAAUUUACCAUGUGUUAGCAAUUAAAUAAAUUUAAUGAUUCUUGA